CAGAUUUGGUGUAAUUGAUUUUCCACUGUAUUGUGUUGCCAAAGUAUUUCUAAAUGAAGAAUUCCAACAUGUGUACCCCAACCUGCUUCUAAAUGAAUAAACUUAUGCAGAAGAGCCAAAUAUUCAAAUAUGUACCAACAGCCACCCUCACAUUCUAAUAAUGCAUCCCCGCAUAGAGGGCUACACAAUGGUUAUUCUAACUUCCCUGUCCCUCAAACAGGGUCUCCUCAUGCCACAAACUUUGCCCCACAGCCCUAUUCGUUACAGCAUAAAUCCCCAUACAGCCCCAGCACCCAAAGCCACCAUGAUUUGCACAACAGACCAUGCAUGCCCCACCAAGCUGGAGUCCCACACCCGAAUAUAUCCAUGUCCAACCCUACACCCAUGCAAGCCUCAACUCACAGUGGUUUUACUCAACCACAACACCUGAUGCCAAAUUCUGCAUAUCACCAACCCAACCCAGUUUCAACUGCACCUCCAAGUUUUGCAUUAAAGAACAACAACAACAACAACCAUUCCCUGCCCCAAACGUCCCCCAUGUUUUACAACAACCCCACUAGCAGUGGUUACCCCAUGCAAAAUAAUCCCUACCAAAGAAUGUCUCAAUACCCCAAUCAAGCUCCAGUCUCCCAGCCCCCAACAUGGGACAACACAACACACAACAUACACCACCAUCAACGCACUGCAAACCACCUCCAGUCUCCAAAAUCUGACAUGAGCAAUAGUCCCACUUCCAACAGCAGCAAUGACGGUAAAAGUUCUCGUGCAAACAGAUCUUUCACAUGUCCAAAAUGUGCCAAGGUAUUCAAAAGAGGAGAUCACUUGAAAAGGCAUCUUCUUUCUGUCCAUGACCGUGAACACCCAUACCAAUGUGGAGAGUGCUCUAAGGGUUUCGCUUCAAUAAGCACCCUUUUACGGCACGGACAAACCUCACACUCUGGCAUAACAACAAAGGGACAUUUAUGUGUCAGGUGUAACAUACGAAUAGUGAACCUGCAGGAGUUUGAAAAUCAUGCUACUAGUUUACAUGAAGCACAGGAUUUGGAGUAUAUGAAAAAUAUCAACCAGUGUAGCAGGACAUACUCAUGUAGUUUAUGCAACAAAACUGUCUCAUCUGAAAAAAAUUUAAAGCGGCAUGUAAAGAAAUUGCAUGGAGACGUUAUGGAAGAGAAUAGUACAAGUGCAAUCAGCAAUACUUCAACUGCUGUAGCAUCACCUAGUGUCAGCACACAAUCACAACCUACAGUGAAUACAACAGUUGCAAAUGCUUUAAACCCUACUGCCCAACCAGAACCAGUACAAGCUCACCACCAAAGUGAACCUAAUUUCCAAAUAGAACUUCCAAAGGCUGUACCUGAAACUUUUCCAUUUAAUGUUGUCCCUCAAAUAACAACUGCAAGUCAGAACAUAGAGCAUGCAGUGAAACCAAUAAAAUCUGAAAGUGUUCUUACCGCCCCAGCACCACAUGCUGUGCAAGAAGAGAAGUUAACAGUGGAAAGUUACACUGCAAACCAAAAAGAAAUAGAAAAUAAAAUGCCUAAAAAUAUCGUUCAAAAUUCUGUAACUGACACAACACAAGCAAUGCAUUCUCAGCAAUAUUUUACAUCCUGUGCCUCAAACACCUUGCAGUCAGCAGCACCCAUUGUGUAUUCUGAACCAAACACAGUUUCCGAAGCUUUUUCAAUGGCAAUGAAAGCUCUAUCUGAUUUCUCAUAUGAUGACCUCUCUUUUUCUUCCACUGACUACUUGAGUGCGGGGCCAUCAGUUUUCCAGUCCAACUCGCCACUGCCGAACUUUCACUACCCCAGCAGAGCCCGAAUGCAAACAGACCAAGUUGAUUCAAGGGAUUACUACCAAGCCUCAUCAGUGCAACAGGAAACUGGUGCAGCAUAUCCAGGCCAGGCUUUGUCUUAUCCUGAAGUAAAAGUCUUCUCAGCACCAGUGUGCCAUGAUAUUACAGUCAUACCCCCCCUGCAGCAAGAUUCACUCAAUGGAGACAAAAGUUACGAAAAUGGCUCGUUUCAAGUGAAGAGAGGAAGACCUAAGAAGAAACGGAGGAGAGAUGAAGAAGAAGAAGAUGAUGAUCAAGGACUUGGGAUGAUUACCAAAGAUCCAGCCAGCGAGAAUUUAAGUUACAACUGUACUGUAUGCAGUGAGGUGUAUGAGGGAAUCGACAAGUUGAUGCAACAUGUAGAAGCAGUUCACUUGAGUCUCAACCCUCAUGAAUGUUGCAUAUGCAACAAGCGAUUUGCGCAAGCCGGCAACGUAAAACGACACAUAAGGUUCGUGCAUCUACGAGAGCGACCGUUCCGAUGCAGGGAAUGUGAUUCUACAUUUGACCGGCUCUGCUACCUACAGCGACAUAUGCGAGCUCACAUUGAUUCGAAGGCAGACAGUCCGGUUGCUUCUCAAUUAAACCCAUGCAACUGCCCUGAGUGUGGCAAGCGUUGUUUGACCACCCAUCAUCUGAGAGGUCACAUGCAGAGGAAGCAUUUUGCGAAGAACAAGAACAGAUCAGAAGACCUCCGGAGCAAAUACGGAUACUUGUUUAAUGACCUUGAUCAAGUAAAUCAAGGAGAAAAGAUGGGUUCAAAACCUUAUGAUCAAAAUGAAAGCAAGAAAAUGCUAAACAAACAGAACAAUGAAGUACAUGUUGUGUCAAAUGCAACAAUACAGCAAACGCCACAGCAGCAGAUCGUCAAUUUUUCAACUGUUCCGCUACAGCCCAACUUACACAACAGUGAAGUACAAGGACAUGAACUGCAUGAAGACAAUUCACAACUAUCAAUGUUACUUACUGCUAAUGAUGAUGAGAGCCAUGACAUUUCUUCAAAAUUAAAUAUUAAGUCUAACCCUUUAACGUCUGAGGUCAUUGGCCAAGGCAGAUCAAUCCAGUUUAAACUGAAUCCACCAAAGAAGAUGACUGCAGUUAAGAUAAAUACCAAACGAAAGAACAGAAUAAAAAUUUAUUAUGGAAAAGCCAUGAUUAAAAAAAUGAAGUCCAGGAUUCAGUUGAGGUAUAAAUGCCAUUGCUGUGUGCAUCCUGGGUUUCCGAAGAUUUAUCUUCUCAAAAGUCAUCUGGCUGUAGCUCACCACAGCGCCACCAAGUGUCACAUCUGCAUCGGAUGCGGUCGUAGUUUUUCCACCUCUGACUCUCUUCUUGUGCACAUCCGGAAGCAACACAAGAGCAAGAAGAUCAAUUCCUCAGUCUGUACAAGCAGAAAGCAACUCCAAAGCAAUUCAAAGCCACAUUCAGUCGACCAAAAGGGCUUUUCCAAGAUCGAGGCAUUACAUAUGACAAACAAUAUGUCUGUUUUGGGCCAUUUUGCUUACAAGGAGCCACAAGCACGCUUUGAAAAUAUUCCCCAGUUGUCAACACAUUCGCUUGUGCAUGCCGAAAUGUGAUGGAUUUAAAUCUAAAUUGGCAAUAAUUGUGACAAAAAUUACAUCACAACCAAAUGCUUUUACCUUAUUGCGUCUGUUUUAUACUAUACUACCUACCGUUUCAUUUGUUCUUAAUGUGUAUUUCCAGAUGACAGCACCAAAUUAACAGGUGCUACUUCCCUUUUUACCUCAGUAAGCCACGUAAUACACACUUGUCAUUGCAGUGUUGUUUUCUUAGUACAACACCACCAAGCGCCGUGAAUGAAGCAAUUUCUUCAUCCUAUAAAAACUUCUUCACUGACAGUCAACUGCCCUAUUGCAACACAGCUGUGAAGCUGAUUUGUAUUUUUUCCUAGUUUGCACUAACUAAUUUUACAUUUGACCUUCAAAAUGAAUUAUAUCAGUUUUGUGGACAAAGUGUUACCACGUUAUUAUUUUUGAAAAUCUGGUUUUUAGUUUCAUUUUGUAACCCAAACAUGAUUGAAACUUCCAAUCAUUGUAUUUUUGCUACAUCCUUGUAAAUAAUGAUCAUGUUACACAUGUUUUGGCAUAACCCAACUACUAUAAUCACUGCCAACCUGUGCUUUUACACAAGUUGCAUUCCAUUAUUCUCAUAUUGGUUUUGAGUUUUACCCAUUUUUAAGCUGACCCACAUUAUUGGUGGCUAUACUAUUUUAGCAAUAAUGCUUUUUAUAUCCAUAUUAUACCAUAGUGAUUCCCUGUAACUAUUCCCUGGUGCGUGUACCUUUGUAUCACUGUUUUGUACCCACUAGCUUCUGUAACAAUUUUAUUUUACCCAACUCUGUAACCACCCUUUGUAUUUUCAAUCGUUGUAAAAUAUAUCAACUCUAAUUCAUUAAAUCCUGCUUUGUACCUUUACACAGCGUACACUAAACCUAAACACUAUUUGAGAGUUUAUAUUGCAUACCUCACAUCCUAUUGCUCAUAUAUGUGAACAACCAAAGGGCUGCUGAUCUGAAAUGAAUUUUGUAAUUGGCUUUCCAUCAAUGUUUCUGCUGUACAAUUGCACUAUGUUUGCCACAUUCCGUUUUGUUAUUGUUCACCAGCAGUAUGAAAUACCUUCGUGUUAACGUUUCAUGACUUCCACCUUUGCCUGACAUGUUUAUUCGCUUGUGUAGUAAAUAUUGUGACAUUGCAUUUCAAGUGUCUUUAUCAAGAAACUAAUCAGCUAAAUAUGUUCGUACUGUGUACAAAACAGGUCCUUUUAACAAAUGCAUUGAACCAUUAGGUCCAAAUAGGCACUUCUAAUGCAUUUGCUUUAAAUAGGCGAACUGAAUAAUUUCAAGGUUAAUGCUCGGAGUCUGAAAAGAGUACUUUAAAUUUAGAUUAUUAUUGUCUUAGAAUACAAGCGAAGUGAUCACAGUAUUAUACUACUAGGAGAAAAAAUAGGAAU